CAAAUGUCGACUCUUCACAAUUUAAGUCGUUUCACAGUGUUUGUGGAUAAAUCUGGUUUUUAUUAUCGUUAAUUAUGGAAAUGAAUUCGAAUCACGUAUCUCAGACGCAAACUCGAAUAGAAUUUGACCCAGCAUCCAAACCACCUCCACAACCUCCCCCAGAUGAAGGAACGAGGCGAAGAUUCGUACUCCAUUCAGAUAAAGAUCCUUACGAUUUUGUUGCACACAGACAGAUCGCGAAACCAACCAAUACACUAGAGUCAACUGGACAUUUAAUAAAAGGGUGCCUAGGGGGUGGCAUACUUGGCAUACAUGAGGCGUACAUGAAGUGCGGCAUUUGGACUUCAUUAUUUAUUACUAUUAUAUUUGGUGUCUACAUCGCGUACUGCGUAAAUUUACUGGUUAAGUCAGCUCAGACUUUAUACAAAAGGCUACAUCUACCGGAAAUGUCAUACCCAGAUCUCGCAGAAGCUUCGUUAGAAGUUGGACCCUUUCCUAGUCUGAGAAAGUAUAGCAAAUGGUUCAGAUACUCAGUUGAUUUAGCCAUAUGCAUCGAUCUCUUCGGCGCUUGCUGCGUCUAUCAGAUAAUAAUAGCAAAGACUAUCAAAGAAGUCGUGGAAAGUACGACAGAUGUGACCGCUGGUGACCAGAACACAUUGAGGCUCUACAUUCUGACUCUUCUCAUUCCUGUUCUACUUCUCUGUAUGAUAACAACGCUGAAGUAUUUAGCGCCCUUCUCGCUCUUGGCGGAUGUGUUUAUAGUGGCAUGUGUCGUGGCAACCGUGGUUUACGGCUACCAAAACGCACCCCCCUUGUCAUCUGUACCAGCGUGGAAGGACGCGAUUGGAUUCUUUGAGUUCUGCGGCAUCGUUAUCUUUAGUAUGGAGGGCGUUGGUGUUUCUUUGCCAAUUGAGAAUAACAUGAAGGACCCUACCAAGUUUCCUUUAAUAUUGUGUUCAGGAAUGACCAUCGUUGUUUCUUUUCUAAUAUUGGUAGGAUUUUUUGGGUACUGGGGUUUUGGAGAAAAUACGAUAUCACCAGUAACUUUAAACUUUCCCAAUACAGUAUUUCCGACUAUCCUCAAAUGUUUGAUGGGCGUGAUGAUUUUCAUAACAUUCGCUCUAAACUUCUGGGCACCUUUCAACCUGGUCUGGUUCUACAUGUCCAAGAGACACGAUCCAAGCAAACACUGGUUUUGGGAGAGGAUUUACAGAGCCACAUUCGUUGUGGUUAUAACAGCGAUUGCAAUUGCCUUCCCUAACAUUGGAAAUCUAAUGGGUUUGUUGGGGGCAUUUUGUUUAUCAAAUAUGGGAUUUAUAUUCCCAGCGCUGAUAGACCUGCUAGUUAUUUGGGAGAAUCCUGGCCUGGGUAAAUGGAAAUGGCGUCUAUGGAUCAAUAUAUUUGUAAUAUUGAUGGGAAUAUUAUUAUUUAUCGCUGGCACAUAUUCUAAUGUUAAAGGUUUAAUAGUCAAUUUGUAAAUACAAUUUUAUAUAUUUAAAUGUAUUUUUCUUAUGUGAAACUAACUAAAGGUACCUAGGUAAGAAACCUAGUUAUCAUACAACUUUGGCGGCCUCAUCGGUACAUAGCGAUCUCUUCCAGACAACCAAGAAAUUUAGAUAAAUACGUACAAAAACUAUUUAAAUAAAUGCAUGUUUCUUGA